AUGGUUGUCUGUCGAAAAUGGCUUUCUUUGAGUCUUGUUGUUCUGUACAUUGUCCUCCAAUUGAGUGCAAUCACCACUCUAGGCGAUGGGAAAGUUGACAAAACUAGAUUUCGCGGUGAUGAUGAUGAUUGUCAAUGGGGUCGGAGAUGUGGUGGUCGGUUUGAUCGAGGAAAUCAUGGUAGGGGACCUAGGGGCGGUGGCUUUGGAGGCGGAGCUGGAGGAGGAGGAGGCUUUGGUGGGGGUGGAGGUCAUGGUGGAGGAGCAGGGGCUGGUGGUGGUAUAGGCGGUGGAGUUGGGGGUGGUGCUGGAGGUGGUGGAGGCGUCGGUGGUGGUGGAGGAGGUGAUCAUGGAGGUGGGUCGGGUCAUGGUGGGGGUUUUGGAGCUGGUGGCGGUGUAGGUGGAGGUGUUGGAGGAGGUGGUGGUCUUGGAGGAGGCAGCGGAGGCGGUUUUGGUGAAGGUGGAGGUGGUGGCGGCGGUGUUGGUGGAGGAUCAGGCCAUGGAGGCGGUUUUGGUGCAGGAGGUGGUGUUGGAGGUGGAGCUGGUGGAGGUGUUGGAGGAGGAGGAGGAGGAGGUGGUGGCGGCGGUGUUGGUGGAGGAUCAGGCCAUGGAGGCGGUUUUGGUGCAGGAGGUGGUGUCGGAGGUGGAGCUGGUGGAGGUGUUGGCAGUGGAGGAGGUGGUGGAGGAGGAGGAGGAGGAGGUGGUGGUGGCGGUCUUGGUGGAGGUUCAGGCCAUGGAGGUGGUUUUGGUGCAGGCGGGGGUGUAGGAGGCGGAGCUGGUGGCGGCCUAGGAGGUGGAGGAGGUGCUGGUGGUGGUCAUGGUGGAGGAAUUGGAAUUGGAAUUGGGAUUGGCAUUGGUGUGGGAGUUGGUGCCGGUAGCGGCCAAGGAUCUAGAAGUGGGUCUGGUGGAGGUGGUCGAAAUUAA